UAAAGUUCCAACGAGCCACCACGUCAUUUCAAACUGACAAUAGUUAAUCAAUUCCUUUGUACUAGAACUAUAAAGAAGGAAAGAUGGCAAGAAAAUACGAAUGUCAACAAUGUGGAGCUUCAUUUUCUAAACUUGGAAUGUUGAUCAAUCAUCGUCGACAAUUUGGACAUAAAGAUAUAUAUCCGUGUACAAUUUGCCAGAAGACAUUUGGACGAAAAGAUAAUCUAGAUCGUCAUAUAUUGAGACACCAGGAUGAGUCUUUAUUUCAAUGCAACGACUGUGGUAUACUGUUUUCGAGGCAUGACAAUUUACAACGCCACAGAAAAGAAAAUCAUAAUCAGAUUGGUAGAGGUUUGAAAAGACCAGCUGAGGAUGACCUUAACCAAAGUUCAAAACGUCUAGUAACCAGUAAAGACGACCCUGAACAAUUCUACGACCUACGUGUUUUGUCAACACAGCAUAUGCAUAAAUUUAAUACAUCGACUACUCGUUACAAGGUAUCGUUCAAAGAAUUAGAAGUUCAUGAUCUACCUAAAAUAUUGAAGACAUUACGCUUGUUAUUUGCAUCUAUAAUUAGAAAUAUUACAGAGUUCAUGCAGUCAACAGACCUCAUACGAUUGUCAGUCCAAUGCCCAGAGUUGGAUUUUCCUAUCACCAUACCUUUCAUGAAAGUCUCUCAGCUUUCAGUUGAAACAUUACUGCAUGAGAUAGAGAGAGUUUUGCAGUCAUAUGAACAAUUUGUGUUGGAUGACACGCUUGAAAUUGAAAUGACACACGUCGUGCUUCCAACAGGGGGAACGAAAAAGCUAAGUAAAUAUGUUGAUUUAGAGCGUUUUUUGAAAACAAAGCAAUGCAUUAUCAGCAUUUCAAACAAAGACGAUAUAUGUUGCGCCAGAGCAUUGAUAACUGCAAAAGCAUCUCAGGAAAAACAUGAAAAAUGGGACAGUAUACGGAGAGGUUAUGCGUUGCAAAAGAAACUUGCCAUCGAGCUGCACACACUUGCCAAAGUUCCCCUUCAUAAAUGUGGAAUUGAAGAAAUCAAGAAGUUCCAGACAGUUAUGACAGAUUAUCAAAUUUAUAUUGUAUCAAAGGAACAUUUUAACGGAAUCAUCUACCAUGGACCAGAGGCAGAAAAAAAGAUCUACUUGUAUUUCCAUGAUGGUCAUUACGACGUUAUUACUAGUAUGCCUGCCUUCUUGAGUCGAAGUUAUUAUUGUGAUACAUGCCAAAAGGGAUAUCAACAUAAAGAAGAACAUCGUUGCAAUAACAUUUGUACAUCAUGCCAUAAAAUACACGAGAAAACAGAAGAAGAUUGGAUAUACUGUAACGAUUGUAAUCGUCAUUUCAAGGGAGAACAUUGUUAUAACCUUCACAUACAGACAACCAGCAAAGGCCACUCUACCUGCAAUUCAUACUAUCGGUGCAAAGUUUGUAGUCAAACUAUAAACAAGAAAAUGCACAAGAAAACACAUAAAUGUGGAGAAAGUUACUAUAAGACUUGCAAAGAUUUCUUUGAAGUUGGACAUCUCUGCUUUAUGCUUCCAGUUGUAGGCGACAGACAGCAAAAACAUAAAGGUACUGGAAAUAGAAACCAGGACAACGAAGAUAUGUCAUUUCCUGUAGACGAAAGUGACUCUAAUCGCCAAGUUUACAUCUUCUUUGAUUUUGAAUGCACCCAAGAUGAUUUGUUAGAAUGUCCUGAUGGCUAUCACCCAGGAGGAGACAACUAUGGAUGUAAAAACUGCGGCACAACUAAAUGUGGAGCUUAUGAACACAAACCAAAUCUAUGCGUUGUUCAUAAAGUAUGUGUAGAAUGUUUAAAACAGGAAGUUACACAACAAAGUGAAUGCAAGAUAUGUGGAAAGAAUGAGCUUGUAUUUAGUGGAAUAAAUACAACAAAUGAAUUUUGUCAAUGGCUUUUUUCUGGAAACAAUAACGGAGCCACAGUCCUUUGUCAUAAUUUCAAAGGAUACGACUCUUUUCCUAUUCUUCAAUGCCUGUACCAGAAUGGUGUUCUUCCAAAGAUCGUUCCAAGCGGAGCUAAAAACAUGUCCAUUGAAGUUCCUUCAUGCAAUAUAAGAAUGAUUGACUCCAUUAAUUUUUUACCUAUGGCACUCUCAAAAUUACCUAAAAUGUUCGGAAUUAAGGAACUACAGAAAGGGUAUUUUCCCCAUCUUUAUAACAGGAAAGAAAACCAAACCGUCGUGUUAAAUCAUCUUCCAAAUGUCAUGUUUUAUAACCCAGACGCCAUGAAAUCAGGGGAUAGAGAAGUAUUUCUUGAAUGGCAUCAGGCUAACGUGAACAACCUUUUUAAUUGCUCUGUAGAACUUCUACAAUACUGUCGAUCAGAUGUAGAUAUACUUAGACAAUGUUGUUUAAAGUUUCGGGAAUUGUUUAUGUCUAUGACUUCAUCAUCAACGGAUGAUAAUGGCAUUGAUCCGUUUGUAAACUGCAUUACCAUAGCUUCUGCGUGUAAUUUAGUGUUUCGCACAAAAUUCCUGCGUCCAGAUACUAUUGGUAUAAUACCAGCGCAAGGAUACCGUCCUGAAGAGAAACAUUCUGUUAAAGCCAUACAAUGGAUUAAAUACGUAUCACAGUCUAAAGGGGUACAUAUUCAGCACGCACGGAACGGUGGAGAAAAAACAAUUGAUCAAUACAAGGUCGAUGGAUACUAUGAAACCGGUGAUGGUGAAAAGGUUGUUAUGGAAUAUCAUGGCUGCUUUUGGCAUGGAUGUCCAAAAUGUUACACACAGCACACCAUUAACACUGUGAAUAAGUUAUCAAUGGCAGAUCUGUAUCACCAAACCAUGGAGAAGAAAAUCCACAUUGAAAAGCAAGGUUAUACAUACAGUUGUAUAUGGGAAUGUGAGUUUGAUAGGGAAAUACGAGAAAAUAUCGACACCAAAAAGUACAUUGACUCCAUCGAUAUUGUCACUCCAUUGGAACCAAGAGAUGCUUUUGCAGGAGGUAGAACGGAAGCAUUUCAACUUUACCACGAAUCUUCAGAUGGUGAAUAUAUCAAAUACUAUGAUGUAACCUCACUUUACCCUUACAUCAAUAAAACUGGUAAAGCCGUAUUAAGUCAUCCAAAAAUUUUUACAGAAAAUUUUGAUGAUUUAGAAACAUAUGAAGGAUUAAUCAAAUGCAAAGUAUGUCCUCCCCGUGAACUUCACAUUCCUGUGUUACCCGCUAAGAUUAACAACAAACUGAUGUUCUCCUUGUGCAGAACUUGCACAGAGUUGAAACAACAAACCACAUGUCAUCACAACACAGAAGAAAGAUCAUUCAUAGGAACUUGGGUAACAGAUGAGUUAAAGAUGGCAUUACAAAAGGGAUAUGUAGUGGACACAGUAUAUGAAGUAUGGCAUUUCAAUGAUGUUGAGCAAUACGAUCCGAAAUCAAAAUCAGGAGGAAUUUUCACGGAAUACAUCAAUACAUUUUUGAAGAUGAAACAAGAAGCCAGUGGAUGGCCAAGUUGGUGUAUUACUGAAAAGCAUAGACAGAAAUAUAUUCAAGAUUAUUUUGAAAAAGAAGGAAUCUUACUGGACUAUGCCAAAAUAGAAAAGAAUCCGGGCCUCUGUUCCCUUGCUAAACUUAUGUUGAACAGCUUCUGGGGUAAAUUUGGACAACGGACAAAUUUACCUCAAGUUGAGUAUGUGUCAGACCCAUCCAUAUAUUUUGAUAUGUUGACCAGUGACCAACAAGUCGUUACCGGUGUCAACUUUGUUACGGAUGAAAUGGUAGAAAUGAGGUGGAAAAACAAGGAAGAAUUCUUGGAAACUUCUGGCAGAACCAAUGUAGUAUUAGCUGCAUAUACUACAGCUCAAGCUAGACUUAAGCUGUACAGUUAUUUAGAUAAGUUAGGACAACGUGUCAUGUACGCAGAUACCGAUUCAAUUGUAUUCACUGUAAAAGAGGGUGAAUGGGAACCACCACUGGGAGACUAUCUAGGAGACCUUACAGAUGAAGUACCGUCUAAUAACAUUACACAUUUUGUAACCGGUGGUCCUAAAAACUAUGCUUACAAAUUAGAAAAGCCAGAUUCUGCAGGAAUUCAAACUGUAUGUAAAGUACGUGGUAUAACCCUCAACUAUAAAAAUGCACUUAGCAUUAAUUUUGAUACAGUGCGUGACAUGGUGACAAAUGCUAGUGAUAAUAAUGUUAUUACAGUUGUAGAUAAGAACAAGAUUUCCAGAGAUCAGAAGAAUGCCCGAAUUAUAACAAAAACAGAAAGUAAAGACUAUAGAAUAGUGUUUGACAAACGAGUUAUAGUUGAUGAUUACAAAACAAUACCGUACGGAUAUUAG